UUGGGUAUUUGGGGGAUAAUCUUGGUGCUGCUCGUCACAACAAUUUCCAGCAUUGAUCCUGCAAAACAGUUGCGAAGUCUCAGAUUCUCCAGGGAUGUUUACGAUAAAAUGAAGUUGGUGGAAGUGGGCCCGUACAUUUACCAGAUAUUAUUGGAAAGUCAUAAUGCAACCUUUCAUUCCAACAACACGGUGACGUUUCUACCGAAGCGCACGGUCCAGUUUGUAAGUGAUCCGGUGACCCUAAGAUAGAAAAUCAUUGCUCAGAAGAUACCUUAUUUGGGUCCCACGUCGGUGGCUUCUUCCUGCUCAAUGAUAACUGCCAUGGCUUUAAAGGUUUUGGCAAGCAAACUACAGUUGAAACCAAUCUUGGGUAUAACAGUGACUUACCUCAAAAUUAUUAGUUUUGAGAAAUUCGGGUUAUUAGAACACAUGUUUUAUGGAGGCCGUAAAGUGGUUAACAUGCACAAAAAAAGGAGAUCAGGGCAAUAUAACGCCUGCGGCUACAAUAAACCUUUGGCCGUCCUAUUUCCGCACUUCUUUAAUGCUAAUCUAUCACUAUUGAAGCCAUUCGAAGGUUUGGAUCCAAACGAAAAUAAACGUGGAACCGUAAUUGCUCUUUGUGUGCAACUGGGCAUUCCCACAGGUGUUAAACCUUGCCAUUCCAUCUAA